AUGGCAAAAACUUAUGUAAAAUCCAAGGAAAUGGUAGAUGUGGUCAGCACACAAUCCUGGAUGGAGAAAGGUCUGGGCUCUCAAAAUGAGGUGAAGGAGGAGGAGAGAAGGCCAGCUGCCUAUGGGAUGCUUGACAGCUUAACUGAAGAGCAUGACAGUAUUGAAGAGGAAGAAGAGGAAGAAGAAGAUGGGGAAAAACCUAAGAGAAGGGGUCCCAAGAAAAAGAAGAUGACCAAAACUCGCCUUGAACGAUUCAGGGCUCGAAGAGUAAAGGCCAAUGCUAGAGAACGGACCCGGAUGCAUGGCCUGAAUGAUGCCUUGGACAACCUGAGGAGAGUCAUGCCAUGCUACUCUAAAACUCAAAAGCUGUCUAAAAUAGAAACUCUUAGACUGGCCAGGAACUACAUUUGGGCUUUGUCUGAAGUCCUGGAGACUGGCCAGACACCUGAAGGGAAGGGUUUUGUGGAGAUGCUCUGUAAGGGACUUUCUCAGCCCACAAGCAACCUGGUGGCUGGAUGCCUCCAACUGGGCCCUCAGUCUGUCCUCCUAGAGAAGCAUGAGGAGAAAUCUGCUAUAUGUGACUCUUCUAUCUCUGUCCACAACUUCAACUAUCAGUCUCCAGGGCUCCCCAGCCCUCCUUAUGGCCAUAUGGAAACACAUCUUCUUCAUCUCAAGCCCCAAGUAUUCAAGAGUUUGGGAGAAUCAUCCUUUGGGAGCCAUCCAACUGACUGCAGUACACCUCCUUAUGAGGGUCCACUCACUCCACCCCUGAGCAUCAGUGGGAACUUCUCCUUGAAGCAAGAUGGCUCUCCUGACCUGGAAAAAUCCUACAGCUUCAUGCCACAUUACCCUUCUGUAAGCCUAAACUCAGGGCAUGUGCAUUCAACUCCAUUUCAGGCUGGUACUCCCCGCUAUGAUGUUCCCAUAGACAUGUCCUAUGAUUCAUAUCCCCACCACAGUAUCGGGACCCAACUCAAUACAAUCUUCACUGAUUAA